CUUAUUAUCAGUAAUAUAUAAACCAUUCACCACUAAACACGCAAAUUAAAAUAGUGCUCGUCGUGCGGUGCGCUGUGUGCCUAUAUAAUAAUAUUAUCUGCCUCCGAUUCUCUCCAUAGAACGACGGAUCUACGAAUUUCUGUUAUUACGGAAUUAUAGUCAGCGUUUGCCACACUUUUAACAAACGAAGAAAAUCGGUUCAAGCAACAAACAAACAAAAGAAAAUAAAGCAAAAGAAAUUGGUUUCAACGCGCUUCGUCUUCGACUGUUCCUCAUUGAGAUCUUCUGUUUAUUUCUCUGGUAAAUUACAAACAUGGUAACUCCAGACCAAAUCGACAUCAUUAAAACAACAUGGAAAAUUCCAGCCGCAAAUCCAAUAGAUUCUGGGGAAGUUAUUCUGUUGAAAUUUUUUGAGAAAUUUCCGCACAAUCAACAGAAAUUUCUGGCAUUCAAGAACUUACCGCUAGAGUCGUUGAAAGGCAGUAAGUCCUUCAGAACGCAUGCCGGUCGUGUUGUAACGGUGAUUAACGAUGCUAUUGUAGCAUUGGAUAGUCCAGACGCAACUAAGCAGUUGGAAGAGAUGUGGGGAAAAAUUGGCGAGACACACUCCAAAAGGAAAAUUAGCAAGGAGUCAUUCAAUGAAUUGAAAGUAGUCAUAUUCGAAGUCUUGACUGCUGUUUGUUCUCUCGACGCAACGCAACAAAAGGCUUGGUCAGAUCUAUUCGACGUUGUCUACAGCCUCAUCUUCAAGAAAUACGACAACUAAAAUUGAGUUCACUGGAUCGUACGUGUCUGUGUUAAAUAUGAUGUCUAAUAAAAAAAAGUUUUCGUUUUUUACUCUCUGCAUGGAAAUAUUUAGAUUUAAUUUUCUUCUCUUAUACGAUUUUCUAACGCAGUUAAGCAAAUAAAUUUUGACAGACAAA